UUAUUUGGCCGCUUAAGGCACUCCAGUACUCGAACACGCGUCUUACUCACCCGACUUGGCACCCUGCGACUUUUACUUGUUUCCGAAGAUAAAGUCUGCCUUAAAAGGAAUCCGGUUUGAGUCGAUGGAAGAGGUGAAACAAAAAUCGGUGGAACUCCUGAAUGGUCUUACGAAAACAGACUUCCAGCACUGCCUCGAGCAAUGGAAGAAACGAAUGAAACGGUGCGUGAAGAGGGGAGGAGAGUAUAUUGAAGGGGAACAUUUGGUUGUAGAAUAA